CACAUGCAGCACCACAACCCACAACAACAACAUCACCAUGUUCAGCAACAAACACAUGUCGUCCAGGAAGAGGAAGAAGAGAGAGUAGAGGAAUCUUCUGAGGAUGAAGCUGUCGAUCGAGGUGUUCAAGAAGACAUGGACAAACUACAGACCGACUUUCCUGGCUUCCGCAAUCGGUACCGUCUGAUCAAGCGCAUCGGCGAAGGAACAUUCUCAACCGUGUACAAGGCCGAGGACAUUAUGUAUGACCACUACGACAACAGUUGGGACUACGAAGACGACUCGUCAAAGUGGACGCCACCUCCAAACGCAAAACCAAGCAGCCCUGUUCAGCGACCCCGUCGCAAGGCACGAUACGUCGCCAUCAAGAAGAUCUACGUCACCUCCAGCCCUUCCCGAAUCCUCAACGAGCUCGAGCUACUCCACGACCUCCGCCAAUGCCCUUCUGUAUGCCCCCUGAUCACCGCCUUCAGACACACCGACCAGGUCGUCGCCAUCCUCCCAUACUUUCGUCACGGGGAUUUCCGCGCCUACUUUCGCGACAUGACCAUUCCUGAGAUCUCGAUAUACCUCCGCGAGCUUUUCACUGCUCUCAAGAGCGUACACGACCACAAGAUUCUCCACCGAGAUAUCAAGCCCACCAACUUCCUCUACGAUCCUACCACCCAGCGGGGCGUCCUCGUCGAUUUUGGUCUCGCCGAACGAGAAGGUUCUGAUAACAAGCCCUGUCUCUGUAACGAGAGUAGGGAAGUGCGCAAACAGCGCCAGACCAACUCAGUGUGGGCUCAAAACUCGACGAACCCUCAGCCUGGAUACCCCAAGUCCGAUACUCGAUCCUCCCGCCGAGCCAACCGUGCAGGAACUCGAGGUUUCCGAGCCCCCGAAGUUCUGUUCAAGUGCACAGAGCAAAAGACAUCUAUCGACAUUUGGUCCGCGGGUGUCAUCCUUCUCACUAUCAUGUCGAAGCGUUUCCCCUUCUUCAACUCGGCCGACGACGUGGAUGCCAUGAUCGAGAUAGCAACCAUCUUUGGCUCCAAGCGCAUGAAGGCUGCGGGUCUCCUACACGGAUGCGUCUUUGAGACCAGCCUUCCCACAAUUGGCCAAGGCGGUUUCUCAAUGGAAAAGAUUAUCCUCUGGAGCACAUGUCGAGGAGAGGACAAGCCACUGACGCCGGAUGAAAAGAUGGCUAUCAGCUUUCUUGAAGCUUGCAUGGAGCUGGAUCCUGGCAGGAGGAUAACGGCAGAGGAAGCGUUGAGACAUGACUUCCUC